AUGGUUCGUCUGACGGCGCUGACGGGACUAUUGGCCUUAGUCGCCAUACCCACAGCAGCACGUCCAUGGAUACCACCUUCACAAGAGAUGCAAGAAAUUGCCGAUUUCAACUCGACAAUUGCUGCUCGAGCAGACGCUGGGGACUUUUACCUCCGAAUUAUGCCCCUAGGUGCAUCGAUAGUGGCAGGGGACUAUUCUGAAGACCGAGCUGGGAAUGGCUUCAGGAAGUUUACUCGCGAUAAACUUCGCGACCAAAAGUGGAAGGUCAAUAUGGUUGGUGACCGGAAUUCGGGCACGAUGGCAGACAAUGACCAUGAAGGCAUCUCGGGUCAAGUGGUGGAACAAAUCGCUAAACGCGGUCGAGCUUCAGCCAGAAAGUGGCUUCCGAACGUCGUUCUGGUCAAUGGAGGAACUAACGAUGCCAACGGACGCAAGGAAGAUGUUAAGGCUGGACGGACGGGCCUAAAAAUGAAGGAGCUCAUCGAGGGCAUAUUCGCAGAGGUCCCUCAGGCUGUUGUUGUUCUGUCUACCCUGAUCCCAAAGGUUGGCAACGAAGAGUAUGUCGCAAUGAUCAACGACCAGUACCGUACCAUCUACCGUCAAUUUGUACCUCUUGGUGACGACGGAAAAGAGGAAUCAAACCCCCAGUUCAAGGUCAUUUUGGCUGAGAUGCAACCAUUUAUGAAGCUGGACGACAUCCACGAUGGAACACAUCCCACUAUUCUUGGUGAGCGCAAAAUGGCCGCUGCUUGGGUUUGGGCUAUAGGCGUUGCUCAUGAUCGAGGUUGGAUCCAACCUCCCAAGCAGAGCAGCUUAUUUUCCGACGACGAUGCAACAACUCAAUGCCGCAAAAAGUUCGGCAGUGGAGCUUCUGACAAUAGGAGUGGCCGUCAGAUUCUUUUCGCCAGCGACCCAGCCAUUCGUGACGAUGGCACGUACCGACACAGCUCCCAGCUUCGGGAUGACCGCAAGGGAUCUUUCACCAAGACCAUUGGUGGUGGGCCGGACAAGGAUAUGACCAAGAGUUCCGAUAUGUGGUUUGCGCAACUGGUAAAUCUUGGUGGUUCACCUAAGGGCGACGAGCGUGACGAGCUUAUCCUUGCGCCUUCGGAUAAGUCGGACCGGAAAUUCACCAUGUAUCUCAAUAAUGGUGUUGGUGAGUUUAACGAUGGGUUCUCAAUUGAUCCCAAGAUGAGCUGUUCCAACGCUCAUAUUCGAUGGGGUGAUGUGAACGGUGAUGGACUGGACGAUUUUAUCUGUAUACAGACGAACGGAGAACUCUAUGUUUCUAUUAACAAGGGCGGAAGCCCGCCUGCAUUCCAGAAUGUUGGAUUGUACAAGAAGCAAGAAAUGGGUCUCGGUCGGGACAGAGUCCGCCUCGGGGACAUGGAUGGUGAUGGUCGCCUCGAUUAUUGUGUGAUUUCCAAUGCUGGCAAUUAUCACUGCUGGCGAAAUGGAGGUAUCGGCGAUAAGGCAGCAUAUUGGCAAGAUAUGGGCGAGGGCUCGCACAUCCUUGCGUCUCAAAACACCGGAGACAUGAGGGGUGUACAGUUCGUGGAUAUGAAUGGAGAUGGCCGAUACGACUGGACAUAUAUGAAUAAGGAGGGCCAGGUCAAGACUCUCAUCAACCAACGCGGUGAUGGUAAAGGUAUGAAGCCUUUUUGGCGCGAAGCCGGCAUCACGCAUCCUGGUCGUGGCUAUGACAUUGGUGAGAACCGCGAGUUCAUCAAGUGGGGCCGUAUCUUUAGCGGACGUCCUUCAUACGUGAAUUGGCAGCGUGAUGGUAAGCUCUGUAACGGGGGUGUUAUCUGCCGGAUCACCUACCAAGUAUGGGAGAACAAGGGUGAAGGGGGCACUUCCCAGAAGGGAGAUGGCAUCUUCUGGGGCGACACUACUGGUUCUGGUGUUGACGACUACGUCUGGAUCUCUAUGCACGGUGAGGUCAAUGUGUUUGUUAACAAGAACACUCGCUCCAAGGAGCAUGACUUUUACGCAACCAAUGCCUGGGCAGCGCCGACCAUGAUCAAGACAGGCCUCCCCCGCAGAGCAUUGCAUAUAGCCGAUUGGGACGGCGAUGGAAAGGCCGACAUCAUUGGCGUAACCAAUCUCAAGACUGGUUCUCUCAAAGUAUGGUACAGUCAAUGGGCCAACGGAAAGCACGACUGGAAGGUUGAGACUAUCGCCAACCCCCCUGGCAGAGAUUGGUGUACUCAAGGUUACGGCCGACUACCAUUUGACAAUGCACAUCACUUUGCCGACUUGACAGGUUCUGGAAGGACAGACUAUAUCUGCAUGGCUCCGUCCGGUCAGGCGUGGGCUUGGCUUCGUGGGAGUGAUGGUGUGGCUAAGCCCUCGGGACAAAUCAAGUAUACAGAGGACUUAGACCGAGCCAACUUCCAAUUUGCCGAUAUAAAUGGUGACGGAAGAGCCGAUUUGAUCCACAAGGACAAGUUCAGUGGUGAUACUCAGGUUUGGUAUAACGAAAACGUCGUAUCUGAGUCAGAGCGGCCUGGAAACUCUGGCAGUAUUAUGAAAUGGGAACGUCCGCAGAAGUUGUUCCGCGGAUCAGUACGCGGACCAGAUACUCACUAUCCUCGCUUGAACAAUCAACGUCGCGCGGACAUGGUUUAUGCAAAGGCCACGAGUGCAACGGCCCAUAUUUCCUUCAAUGUCUGCCCUGCAGGAGGAGACGACACGGGCAAGCCCGACACCAACCUUCCAACCUACAACCCACCCGACCUCAGCCCGGAUCCUGAAAAAGACUGGUUCUGCAAGGGCGGUAACGGAGCCAAGUGGACAGACAGUCUCUGGCGUCAGCACGGUGUUGGAACAUGGCUCAAAUCAAGAACAGAUCUCUACAGCGCGGCUGAGAACAGCUGGCCUACUGGUGCCAAGGGUGUUCCACGUAUCAUCGCCGAGUACAAUAUUUUCGACCAUGACAAGAUUUAUAACUGGCACACAACCUGCACCAGUAUCGAAGACACGUGCGACUUGAAAAAUGCCAUUGAGACAGCGGAUGGUUGCGCGAAACACCAGGAGAGAGGUUUUGCUCUCUGGGCUAUGAGCAACUUUGCCAUGUUCCAGCAAAAGUGGCAUAAAGCUGUAUCAGAUGGGGUUGAACGCGCCCAGAGUACGGCUGGCGACAUAACCAACACGUUCUUGCCCGUGUCAGCUGAUGAUGCGAACGCGAAUCCCGCCGCCUGGCUCACUAUUGUCGCAGGUAUAUUCACGACUAUAGGUAGUAUAUCGCCUGGUAUUGUUGGAAACGGAGUGAAUCUCGCCGCCGGCGUUUUUACUAUCGGCGCUGGUGCUGCAUCGUUUGCAGCGGAAUCGACAGAUCCCACCCCCCAGUUUAAGUCCUUUGGCGACUUAGGCCUGGCACUUGACAAUAUGCUGACCUUUGCCCAAAAGGCUAUGGAAGUCCAGUUCAAUCGUUACUUCGUCGAGACGCCGCCCGACAACGACAGGGACCGCGGUUCCGAGCUCGCACGUGCUCUAGAGUCCGGAGUGUGGGCAAACCAAGAUUCGGCUCAAGCUGGUACAGACGCCAUCUGGGAUACCAACAGAGUUAAGGAGAUGAUACAAGCUGCCAUGAUCAGUGAAGUUUGGAACGGUGGACAAGUUGCCAUCUUCAAGUGGUCUAAGGAUCACACAUUGGCCAAGGACUGGGGAUUUAAUCCUUGCUUUGGCGGCGACAAAUAUGGCAUGGAUAAGCAUAUUGCAUGCGUCAACAAUCAGAACUACCUGAUCGCCAAGCAGAUCACUAAAGAAGACCAGGAUGAUGCUCAGAGCUGGCCUGAUAUCGGAUCUGAUGAGGAUUCACUCAGUAAAUACAACCUCGACCACAUAACUGUUAUCAGCGCUGCAGAGAGAACACAAGACAGGGCCAAGAGUUUCAUACCUCGUGGCUUGAACACCAUAGGAACGCUCUUCGCAGAUGCCGCCAGGCAACACAAAGAUAAUCGAUUAGAUUACAUGAAGUACAUUAACGUCCCCGUAUGCGAUCUUAACGGACUGAGCAGCUUUGACCUCUACAAAGACCGUUUGACAGAGCUUCGCGGUGAAGUGUGCAAAAAGGCAGACGAGUACAAGACAUUGAACAAGUUCUGUGUUGCUCAUAUGCUUGCGAUGAACUGCCGGAAGCUAAGUUUGUCAGGAGGACAGUGGCCUUAUCAGAACGACAUCUGA